CAAGGUUCCAGUUUGUUUGCAAUCAUGACCUUCUCGUCAAGUGUAGGUCCUUAUUAGUCCAAAUACCUGUGAUCAAAAAAGAAUAAAUAUAAAUAGAUGCUAAACACUGUGGUAAUUAGGCAAUAAAAUAUCAAUUACAACACUAUUUAAGACGCAUAUUAUUUCUAACUUAAUGAUGUUAUUGUUCCAGGAUGCGUUACAAAAAUGGAGCGUUGUGAUCUUCAUAGUGUUGGUAGUCGUGCACUCCCAGAUGCAGAUGAUGCCGAUGCCAUACGGGUACGGGCCGCCGAUGAUGAUGGCGCCGCCCCCGCCGCCCAUGGCCAUGCCGGUCCCGGUGCCUGUGGCCAUCCCCAUCCCUUACCCAGAGUCCACCACGACCACCACCACCACCACAACCACAGAAAAAUCCAGCGCAGGCGGUGGUAGUGACGGCGGCAUGCAAAUACCCAUAGCUAUCCCGCUACCAGUGCCGCAGUUUGUGCAGAUCGCAAUUCCAAGCUUUCAACCUCCAAAUUGUAUGCCACCAAAGCCUAAAGGUAACGGUAACGGUAAUGGUGGCAAAAAUAAAAGUUGUCCCCCUUGUCCACCAUGCUCGUGUAAUCCAUGCACGCCUUCUUUCUUCUCUUUCUGUUCGCCUUGCCAUCUGCAGUGUAGAUGCAAGAAUGGACAAGAGAACCCUGCCCCUCAGCCACCGAACCCUCCCCAACCCAUUCCAGGUCCUGCGUUCCCGAUGCCUAUCCCCAUGCCCGCUCCACCUCCCGUAGUCAUCGUGCCAUUCCCUCCUCAGUUCAGCCCGCAACAACCAGAACAGCAUACGGAAUGUGAAUCCCACUCAGUCAGCGCAUCCUGUUCGGCAGAGAAGGAAUCAAAGUCGUGUGAAAAUGGCAGGAAUCGAAAAAAGAAACGCAAAAAGGAUAGAAAAAAGAAAAGAUCAGGAUACGAUAUAUACAGAAGAAGAAAUUUUGGCUUCAGAACCAGAGAUAGCAGUGAUGGUGGACUUAUUAAACCUGUGCUCACUUACAUGUCCAGAAAUGGAGAUAUUAAGAUGAAGAGACGACUGAGUAAUGACGAGGCAAAUGCUUUAAUAGGAGAUGGUGAAGUUCAAAAUGUGCGCUUAAUAGCUGGCGAUGAUUCAGAUAACAGGCCAAGAAUAGUAGUCAUGACUCAGCCAGUUCCGAGAAGCCGCGACUAUCGGAGACACCUGGUGGUGGAGGACGGCAGCUCGCAGCACACGCUGGGGAGUGGGAGGAAGGAACUGGUCUUCCGACCAUCUGAUAAUAAGAAGAUUAGCAACCUAUCAGUGUCAUUCCAAAUAAGCAAAUAG